CGGAGUCUAUAUCUAUCCCCCCUUUCUCCCCGCCUUCAAAUUCCUCCCUUCCCCGCUAAGCAAUUCUUCCAUCUCCCCCCUUCUCAACAGAACAAGCAAAAAAGAUACCACGACCACGCCCAGCCCGAUCCAUACACGGUGACAGCAGCAUCAGUACGCAGCAUCAGUGGGCGAAAAGCCAGCGAGCGAGCGAGAGAGGGAGGGAGGAAUUGGAUACAUCGCUGAUAAAAGCGGAGCUCAACUUUAUUUGGCGCGAGGGAGCAGAGCAUCGACCGCCGCACACGCCGGGCACCACCGCGACGAAGAGCCAGGGGGAGUAAAGCGAGGCGAUCGCGCGGCGGCAAAGAGAAAAGCUUAAAAGAGCGCGUCGUCACGGCGUGCGCCUCUCUCUCCUUCCCCCUUUUUUUUUCUCUCUCCCUUGAUCCAAUCGAUGGCAGCGCAGCAGCAGGCCGCCUCGGUGCUGCAGAGCUUCCCGUUCAGGGCGGCCGUGCUCGCGCUCUGCGUCGCGCUGCUGCCGCUCCUCCCGGCGGCGCCCGAGGCCGGGGCGGGGGGAGCCGGCCAGGCGUUCCUCGCGAAGGCCUGCGAGCUGCUGCACCUGCUGUUCGUCGGGAUCGCCGUCUCGUACGGCCUAUUCAGCCGCAAGAACAGCGCCGACGAUGGGCGCGCGGGGUUCGCCGCCGCGGAGAAGGAUGCUGCAGCGGGGCCGGAGGCGGCCAAGGCGGACGCGCGGUACGCGUGGCGGAUGUUCAGGGACUCGAUCGCGCCGUUCGACGACGACGAUGAAGACGAGGAGCUGCCGGACAGUCCACCCGGCGGCGGUGGCGGCGGCGGCGGCAGAGAGAAGAUGAGGUCUUGGAGCGCGCUGCACCGGCCCAAGGACCCCGUGGUCGUCGUGUCCAACGGCGGCGGCGGGCGGAGUGGGCACGCGCAGGCGCCGCUGUCGCUGCCCGUCCGGGCGCUGAAGCCGCAGCCGGCGCAGGACGCCAGCGCGGGCGGCGGUGGCGAGACGCCGCGCGCGCGUCCGCGCCGGGGCUCUCAGGACCCUGCGGCGAGCGGCGGAGAGACCGUGCUGCCUUCGCCGAUCCCGUGGAGGUCGCGGUCCGGGAGGCUCGACGCGGGGCGGCCCGCGUCGCCGAGUCCCUCGCCGUCUCCCAGGAGGCUCUCCCCGGCGUCGUCCUUGGCUAGGGAAACGCUAGCCAAGGCCAGCGAGGAGGAAUACUACGCCAAGCGGAGGAGCCCGUACAGGUCUUCUUCCUCCAUCUCCUCGCCACCGCCGGCACCGCCUCCGCCUCCGCCGCCGUUCCUUGUCCAUGGUUACCACCCGGCGGUAGAGCGCCGGACGGCGGUGGCGAAGAGCUUCAAGGAGGAGUUGCAGGACCACAGCAUGAGAGGCCGAGGGGAAGACCACUACUCGCCCGACACGAGCAUCUUCAGCAACUCUGCUUACAAUAGCAACAACAACUCCUCGAUGGCAAAGCCAAGAAACUCUUUCGACGGCGGCGGCGGCGGCUCCUCCUCCUCGGCUUCAGUUGGCAAGUCGGUGAGAACGAUCAGGGCAAGGGAGCCCGCACCAUUCCAAGGUCAAAGCCAAGAACUGCCUGACGACGCCGGCAAUGACCGUGACGCGCUGGGCGUGCACGGAUUAGAGGAGUCGUAUGGUUACAGAGCCUACCAGUCCAUUCCCAGGUUCCAGUACGAGAGAUCAGUGAGCGAUCCGAUCUUGGGCGGGGUGGCAGUCUCCUCGGACGACACCGAGAGCAGCGACGACGACGACGACGUCGGCGGGUGCUCGACGAGGACCAACUCGCCGAGGGAGUCGACGCCGGAGGUAGACGAGAACGAGGUGGACAAGAAGGCGGAGGAAUUCAUCGCCAGGUUCAGGGAGCAGAUCAGGCGGCAGAGAAUCGAGUCCAUAAAGAAGUCCGCGGGGCCGCGCGGCGUCAAGCGCCACGGCAAGUAGAGCUCGCUGGCUGAUGAUGGCCGUUUGUUUUCGUUUUAGUUAUACGUAGCUGGAUCGUCCAGAUUUCAUAGAUAAAAGGAUGCUAGCGGCAUAUGAUAGUUGCCUGGAACCACUUGUAAACAUUCACGUAGGGGAUGAAUGGGGGUGUUCAUGCAAGUCAUGAUUGUAUUUUCUGGCCAAGAUAUCGAUCGACUUCGGCAACCAAUUUCUUGGUGGCUGGCGGAUCAGGCAUUUGUUUUUGCCUCAAGCGACCCAAAACACUAUUCCCUUCGUUCCAAA